AUGGUUGAGACCAGACGCAGUUCCUCUUCCAAACGCGCCCUAUCCGCCUCUCCUCCCCCCAAUCCCAAACGCUCAAAGGCGUCUGAUGCUUCGUCGUCCAACAACGGCGUCCGGAGCGGGACUCCGGCGGAGCCUCUGGGUCCGAUAAAGGAAUCUGAGUCUCAAUCGCCGGACCUUGAGCUGCGAUCCCCUGAUCCGCAGACAGCUGACUCCUUGAAGGCCGUUAACGGCUCUGAUGCGGCGGAGAGGGCCCCUGAUGACGUGGCGGAAGCAGAAGCCGCCGCCGCCUUGGAGUCGCCGAAGCCUUUGAGUGACACUGCAGUGCGUUCUGGGUUGAAGAGGAAUAAGAAAGUUCCGAAGAGGAGUGCGAAAUCGAAUCAGAAACUGGCGUGGGGACAGCUUCUUUCCCAGUGCUCUAAGAACCCGCAUCAGUUUCUUUGUGAUACUUUCACUGUUGGUCAAGGUCGUGAGUGCAAUUUAUGUCUUAAAGAUCCAUCCGUUAGUACUACACUCUGUAAACUUAAGCCGGGUGAAGGUUCGUCAACUGCAGAAAUGGAAAUUACAGGGGCGAAGGGUUAUGUUCUGGUCAAUGGAAAGAUUUAUCAACAAGAUUCGAAGGUUAUUCUAAUUGGAGGCGAUGAGGUUGUUUUCGGUUCAUCCGGGAAACAUGCAUAUAUUUUCAUGCAGCUGACUAAUGGUAACAUAGCUAAUCAAGGCAUUUCUUCAAUUAGCAUAUUAGAAACCCAGAGCGCUCCAGUUAAUGGAUUACAUAUUGAGGCAAGAUCAAGGGACCCCUCGGUUGAUGGGGCAUCUAUAUUAGCAUCUAUGUCAAAUGUGCCAAAUAACUUAUCACUACUUCCAGCAUCUGCUAAAGCUGGUGGUGAUCUGCAACAAGAUGCCGAUAUACCUUCUACUCCUUCUGGUUGUGGAGGGUCAGAUGAUCGUACUCCAGACACUGAGAUGAAGGAUAGUACUAACAUCAAUGAUGGUGACAAAGAUAUUGUUUCAUACCCCGACACUGCCAACGAAAACCCCAAUCUCGAUAGCCUUGCAUUGGACAUGGAUACUGAAACGGGAAAGUCCUCUGGGGCUAGGUGGCCUCUCCUCCGAAUGUUGGGUUCUGGUGCCAAAUUUGACUUCAGUGGCAGCAUUUCAAAGAUUCUUAAUGAACCGAGAGAAAUUAGAGAACUCCUUCAGGAUUUUGAUCCUCCAAUUUUGCUGUCAACUAGACGACAAGCAUUUAGAGAUAAACUGCAACAAGGAAUUCUAAAUCCUAAUGAUAUUGAAGUCACAUUUGAAAGUUUCCCAUACUACCUAAGUGACACAACCAAAAAUGUUCUUAUCGCUUCCAUCCACAUUCAUUUGAAGUGUAAUAAGUUUGCGAAGUAUGCCUCAGAUCUCCCAACUGGAAGCCCACGGAUACUAUUAUCUGGUCCUGCAGGAUCGGAGAUAUAUCAGGAAACUUUGGCAAAGGCACUUGCAAAACAUUUUGGUGCUAAACUGCUAAUUGUCGAAUCUCUUGUUAUGCCUGGUGGACAAGCAUCCCAGAAUACUGAGUCUGCUAAAGAAGCAGCUAGGGCUGAAAGAGUUAACAUGUUCAGUAAACGAGCUGCACAUGCUGCUGGAUUAAGGCAUAAGAAACCAACCUCCAGUGUUGACGCUGAAAUGACAGGCGGAUCCACCCUAAGCUCGCAAGCUCUGCCAAAGCAGGAAACAUCCACUGCAUCUUCCAAAGGCAUUACAUUUAAACAAGGUGAUAAGGUGAAAUUUAUCGGUACUGCUGGGCUUCCUUAUGCAGUGAAUCCUAUGCCUAAUCUAAGGGGACCACAAUAUGGGUACAAAGGCAAAGUUGUUCUUCCUUUCGAAGAGAAUGGGUCGUCUAAAAUUGGUGUUAGAUUUGAGAAAGCGAUACCAGAUGGCAAUGAUCUUGGUGGCCAUUGCGAAGAAGAUCGUGGUUUUUUCUGUUCAGCUAAUCAUUUAAUGCGCAUGGAUGUUUCGGGAGGUGAUGAUAUUGACAAGCUUGCCAUUAAUGAGCUUCUUGAGGUUGCAUCAAAUGAGAGUAAAAGUAUGCCUCUAAUAUUGUUCAUGAAAGAUGUGGAGAAGGCAAUGGUAGGUAAUUCAGAUGCAUUUAUUCACUUCAAGAGUAAGCUUGAAAGUUUGCCAGAGAAUGUCGUUAUAAUUGGCUCCCAUACUCAGUUGGACAAUCGUAAGGAAAAGUCCCACCCCGGUGGUCUUCUGUUUACAAAGUUCGGUUUCAGCCAAACAGCUUUGCUUGAUCUUGCUUUUCCGGAUAACCUUGGUAGACUGCAAGAUAGGAGCAAAGAAACCCCUAAAUCAUUGAAGAAUCUUACUCGGAUUUUUCCGAACAAGGUGACAAUACAGCUGCCUCAGGAUGAAGCUUUACUUUCAGACUGGAAGCAGCAGUUAGAUCGUGAUGUUGAAACUCUGAAAGCAGUGUCAAAUAUUGUUAGCAUUCGUGCAGUUCUUAACCGAAUUAAUCUGGAUUGCCCCGACCUUGAAAGUCUGUGCGUUAAGGAUCCUACCCUUACAACUGAAAGUGUUGAGAAAGUAAUAGGCUGGGCUUUGAGUUAUCACUCUAUGCAUUGUUCUGAGGCUGAAGUUAAAGACGGAAAACUUGUCAUUUGUACUGAAAGUCUUAAAUAUGGACUGAACAUCCUACAGGGCAUUCAGAGUGAGAACAAAAGCACAAAAAAGUCCCUAAAGGAUGUGGUCACUGGAAAUGAGUUUGAGAAGAAGCUUCUUGCUGAUGUCAUUCCACCAAGCGACAUUGGUGUCACUUUUGAUGACAUUGGGGCCUUGGAAAAUGUGAAGGACACACUGAAGGAGUUGGUGAUGCUUCCGCUUCAGAGGCCUGAACUGUUUAGCAAAGGACAGCUGACUAAGCCUUGCAAAGGAAUCUUGUUGUUUGGUCCUCCUGGUACUGGGAAAACUAUGCUUGCAAAGGCUGUUGCAACUGAAGCUGGUGCAAACUUUAUUAACAUAUCAAUGUCAAGUAUUACUUCAAAGUGGUUUGGGGAAGGAGAGAAGUAUGUUAAAGCAGUGUUCUCUUUAGCUAGUAAAAUUGCUCCUAGUGUUGUAUUUGUUGACGAGGUUGACAGCAUGUUAGGAAGACGUGAGAAUCCUGGGGAACAUGAGGCUAUGCGUAAAAUGAAAAAUGAGUUCAUGGUGAAUUGGGAUGGUCUACGUACAAAGGAUAAAGAACGUGUAUUGGUACUCGCUGCUACUAACAGGCCUUUUGACCUUGAUGAGGCUGUUAUUAGGAGGCUUCCAAGGAGGUUGAUGGUUAACUUGCCAGAUGCUCCAAACAGAGAAAAGAUACUGAGAGUUAUAUUAGCCAAAGAAGAUUUAGAACCUGACGUUGAUUUGGAAGGUGUUGCGAGCAUGACGGAUGGGUAUUCUGGAAGUGACCUAAAGAACCUUUGUGUUACCGCAGCUCACCGUCCCAUCAGGGAAAUCUUAGAAAAAGAAAAGAAGGAGCGAAGUUUUGCUUUGGAGGAGAACAGACCUGUACCGUCCUUGUAUUGCAGUGCUGACAUUCGCCCUUUAAAGAUGGAGGAUUUUAAACAUGCGCAUGAACAGGUCUGUGCAAGUGUGUCAUCUGAGUCGACAAAUAUGAAUGAGCUUCUCCAAUGGAAUGACUUGUACGGAGAAGGUGGAUCAAGAAAGAAGAAAGCGCUGAGCUAUUUUAUGUAGAGUAGGUAUUAUUUUUGUAUAGAAGUCCUUGUUAUGUUCAUUCUUCCUUAUCCAGCUAAAAGCCGCGGCGAUACAGUAAUCCUUGGCAAUCCCUUAGAAGGUUUCUGUCCCCCAUUUGUAUGAUAGAUAUAGGUUUUUCUCCUUUCCCCCCCUUUACAUUGGAUUACAUAAUCUUUAUAUAGGAAAUUCCAUAAUCAGAUUAUCUAACUAGCCUUUGUCAUUUCUCUUGGGCCUUUUGCCCUGUACAUACUAAUGAAAUUAAUGUACAAUCUUUUUGCCAUUCUAUCAAAGCUUCAAAGCUUAUGAAAUAUGAACACCGAAUAUUCAC